AUGGGUAUAUGCAAUGAAAAACCAAAACAAAAUACACAAAAUCUUCAUUCGGAUUGUUUAAUUCCAUUUGAAGAUUAUGAAAAAAUACCAAAUGUUUCACUUGAAUUAGCUAUUGAACCGCUAAUAUCUAUUUUACCUUCGAUACAAACUUAUGUACAUUUAGUUAAACAAAAAUGUAUAAAUCCUGCUGAUGGUUUAACUCAAGAUCAAUCAGCAUCAAUUAUGCUAUGUACUAUAAAAUGGCAACCAUUUGAUCAAUGUCUUUCAGUCGUAUUAAAUACAAUCUUACGUUCAAACGAUCGUGAAAAACUUAAACCAUGGUAUCUCUAUUUAAAACUUUUAUUAGGUGCAUUAAAUUGUUUACCAUCAACAGAUCGUAUUAUUUAUCGUGGUAUUAAAUUAGAUAUUCGUGAACAAUAUUCUAAAAAUAAAACAAUAACAUGGUUGGAUUUUGCUUUAUGUACGACUUCACUUGAUUUAUUACAAUCAGAUAAAUAUUUAGGUAAAAAAGAUCAACGAACAAUAUUUACUAUUGAAUGUAAUUCAAGUAAAGAUAUUACUAAACAUUCAUAUUAUUCAACAACAGAUAUGUUUAUGCUUUUACCUGCGACACAAUUUCAAAUAGUACAAUGUGUUAAACAAAAAAAUAAACUUUCAUGGAUACAAUUAAAAGAAAUUCAAUCACCAUAUGCUCGUUUACAAUCAAAACCUGUUAGUUCAGAAUUAUCUUGUGAUUUACCUUAUGUUGAUAGUACUAUUCCUUAUAUAAUUUUAACAAAUGAAGCUAAUCAAUCUUCAACAAUAAAUGAUCCUAAUCAUAAUCCAAAAUUAGAACAAUUGAUUGCUAAAUAUCCAUUGAAUUCAUCUAUACAUUUACGAUUUCAACAAUUAACUGAUUGUGAUAUGAAAAUAAUUGUUGAAAAAGCAGUUAUUGAAAAACAAUGUACUGAACUUUGGUUAUCGAAUGCUCAGAUAACAUCUCAAGGUGCAUUAAUACUUUCAAAUGGUUUAUAUAAUAAUAAAACAUUAACAAAAUUAUAUCUCAAUGAUAAUUGUAUAAAUGAUAGUGGUGUAUAUGCAUUAACACGUGUACUUUCAAGAAAUAAUUCAACAUUAAAAGAACUUUAUCUUGCACGAAAUAAUAUAACAACUAAAGGUGCACAAUAUUUAGCUGAAAUGUUAAUUACAAAUCGAACAAUAACAACACUUUGUUUAUUCGGGAAUCAUAUUGAUGAUAAUGGAAUUAAAUAUUUAACAUAUAUUCUUACAUAUUAUAAUAUACAUUUAGAAGGUUUAUAUCUUUCAGGAAAUAAUGAUAUGACUGAUAUUAGUAUUGAUUAUUUUAUUCAAAUGUUUAAACAAAAUUGUGCAUUAAAAAAACUUCAUUUAUUUAAUUGCAAUUUAUCUGACAAAGGAAAAACAAAAUUACGAAAAGAAAUUCAAAUAAAAAAAUAUAAUUUUUUGUUACAUAUGUAA